AUGGGCUGUGGAACCAGCCUCUCUGGUCUGAAUCCCGGCUUUGCCAUUUACUUAGACACAGUGCUUUUGUAUGAUGCAAGUUCAUACAUGUUCAACAUAUUAGCAUUUUAUUUUAGAUCUGCUGAGAAAACAUUCUCAAGUUGGCUGACUCAUUUGGAAGUAAAUAUUUCACAUACCAACGUGAGCAGAGAAGAGAACCAGCACAAAUCCACCAAUGUCAUCUAUCAGGCCCACCAUGUGAGCAGGAAUAAGAGAGGGCAGGUCGUUGGAACAAGGGGCGGAUUCCGAGGAUGUACGGUGUGGCUGACAGGUCUCUCCGGUGCUGGGAAGACGACCAUCAGUUUUGCUCUGGAGGAGUACCUGGUCUCCCACGCCAUCCCCUGCUACUCCCUCGAUGGGGACAACGUCCGUCAUGGCCUUAACAAAAACCUUGGAUUCUCCGCGGGAGACAGAGAGGAAAAUAUCCGCCGGAUUGCCGAGGUGGCCAAGCUGUUUGCCGACGCCGGUCUGGUCUGCAUUACCAGCUUCAUUUCUCCUUUCACAAAGGAUCGCGAGAAUGCCCGCAAAAUCCAUGAAUUGGCGGGACUGCCCUUCUUUGAAAUAUUUAUAGAUGCGCCUCUAAACAUUUGUGAAAGCCGAGACGUCAAAGGCCUCUACAAAAAAGCCCGAGCUGGGGAGAUCAAAGGAUUUACAGGCAUUGAUUCUGAUUAUGAGAAACCCGAGACGCCCGAGCUGGUGCUUAAAACCGACUCGUGCUCCGUGAGCGACUGUGUCCAGCAGGUGGUGGAACUUCUGCAAGAGCAGAACAUUGUACCCCAUACUGUAAUCAAUGGCAUCCACGAGCUCUUUGUGCCGGAAAACAAACUGGACCAAGUCCGAGCUGAGGCGGAAGCUCUCCCGUCCCUGCCAAUUACCAAGAUGGUGAUGGAAAGUGGGGAUUGGCUGGUUGGUGGAGACCUUCAGGUGCUGGAAAGAAUAAAGUGGAACGAUGGGCUGGACCAGUACCGCCUGACACCUCUGGAGCUCAAGCAGAAAUGUAAAGAGAUGAAUGCUGAUGCGGUGUUUGCCUUCCAGUUGCGCAAUCCUGUGCACAAUGGCCACGCUCUGUUGAUGCAGGACACCCGCCGCCGCCUCCUACAGAGGGAGUACAAGCACCCGGUCCUCCUGCUCCACCCCCUGGGCGGCUGGACCAAGGAUGACGAUGUGCCCCUGGACUGGCGGAUGAAGCAGCACGCAGCUGUGCUCGAGGAAGGGGUCCUGGAUCCCAAGUCAACCAUCGUCGCCAUCUUCCCAUCUCCCAUGCUGUAUGCUGGCCCCACAGAGGUCCAGUGGCACUGCAGGGCCCGGAUGGUUGCGGGGGCCAACUUCUACAUUGUGGGCCGGGACCCUGCAGGAAUGCCCCACCCCGAGACCAAGAAAGACCUGUAUGAGCCCACUCACGGGGGCAAGGUACUGAGCAUGGCCCCUGGCCUCACCUCUGUGGAAAUCAUUCCGUUCCGAGUGGCUGCCUACAACAAAGCCAAAAAAGCCAUGGACUUCUAUGAUCCCAAAAGGCACAACGAGUUUGACUUCAUCUCAGGAACCCGCAUGAGGAAGCUGGCCCGGGAAGGAGAGAACCCCCCAGACGGCUUCAUGGCCCCCAAAGCGUGGAAAGUCCUGACAGAUUACUACAGGUCCCUGGAGAAGAGCAGCUAAAUGCCCUAGGCUCCAGCUUCUUUCUCAAGUGCUUUUUGAUUCCCUUUCCUAUUUUUGUGAGUAGAUGCUUUGAAUCCAACUGUUUCUCAAUGACUGAUUUUAGUGGUUUAUAAUGAGGUAAUAAUUGUGUCUAAAAUUUAGAGUCAACUUCAAUAUAUAAAAGUCAAACUGAAGACCAAAUCUUAGCAGGUUAACAGCAAUAUUAUCAUUUUAGAAUGAAAUUAAUUGUAUUGUCUACUGCAUCUGAACAGGUAGGUCCUAGAUUUCUUAAAGCUCUGACCAUAUGUCUAGUUUACUUGCCAAAAAGGAAAGCACAUUUUCCAGCUUAAGUUUUACCAACCUACCCUCUACCAAUGUUACACACAAGAAUAAAUCAGAUGGGCAGCCUCUUCUAUACAACAAAAUAAUUUCUCACCCUGAAUGAGGUGUGACUCACAUCAAGAUUCUUCCUAAUAUUUCUCCUCACGUAGUAUACAGCCCUACUGCCCAAUCUCUUAGGUGCUGAAGUAUGAUCUGACUGGAGAAUGUGUGAAAAUGUGAAUUUACUCUCAGAGAUCUAUGCAACCUACUUCUGCCAUGAAAGUUCUAUUAACUAAUAAGAGAAGUCUUAAUGCACUUCCGUGAAUAAUAUAACUCCAGUGAAACCGUGUCUUGUCAUUAAAUAGCAUAGAGUGCUUUGAUGAGAUUUCCACCCAGGAAAUACUGUGGAAAGUUACUUUUUCUCCUCUAUGAAGAGGCUAUGCCUUUACACUGCAGCAGCAGCUGCUAUAACUGAAAACCAUUCGUGCCAUCAGAUUACUGAGCUGCUAAAACUGGAAAAGACCACAGAAACCAUCGAAUGCAACCCUGUCCCCUGACAGGUGACCAAACUAAGACAAAGCGUGAGCACAUGCUUGGUGAGCUGCUGGGCAUGGCAGCAAAAACAGAAAAUGGGCAUAAUCAGGAAGUACUGGUGGUACUGAAUGAGCACCCAGGCCACGUGACUCCCUCUCUGAACUCAGUCUAUACUGUACAAUACAGGAGCCAGGUCUGAUUCCCCUCAACUGCUUAGUAAAGCUCCUUAAAUAGAGGGCACUUACAAAGCAGCCUUCUUGGAUGCUGAAAGGUCGAGUUUUUAAAACUCAGCUGAUUUUAUUGCAGUUAAAAAAAAAAAAAAAGGAAAAACUUUUUUCAAAGAUUUAUUGCUGGUUCUGAGACAUCCAGCCCCUCUGAUGGCUUUACUUCCUGGGAGGCAAUCUUUUUAUACUUUAUGUGUAAUUCCUUGUGCUAAGGGAUAUAUGAAGAAACAGUACCUUUUGUACAUGGGUCUCUCUGGAAGAGACUUAAACUGGAAAGAGAAAACUGUGAUUUUUUAAAUAUUCUGUGUUGUUUUCUUAAAUGCUAAUCUUAGCUAAUGAAAGUUCUUUUGAGAAUAAUAUACAAUCGUCACAGCAAAGUGUAACUGACUGUCUUUAAUAAUAGAGUGCCUAUAUUCACCUAAUUGGAGGUACUCAUAAUUGCCUUUUUAAAAAAACAGCAUAUUUAUUGAAAACAUGAGACAGGAUAUAGUGCCUUAACCCAUAUAGUUUGUGAUUUUUAAAUAUAUUUAUAACUGUUCUUCUGCUCUAAUACCACACAGUGCAAAUGACUAUUUGUAUGUACAACUGAUGCUUGUCCUCAUGUUAAUAAAUUUCUCAAAAUAAACGUCGGGGCUUCUCUGCCUGUAACACUGA